ACGUGGGACCGGUUUUCACUCUCAAAAACACGUCGAUACGCCUUAAAUAUUAGAUUAAUAACCGAAUAAGUAUCUAAAAUCCCUCAGUUUAUGUAUACGUGAAUAGAAAAAUGUAAUAAACAUACAGGGCAUGUGAUAAACCGACCGCGUUUAUUCUAAACACCAUAACGUGACUUGUCACGGGGAAAAUGCUCUGAUAUUCGCCUACACCUCGACAAUACACUAAAAUCAUGUGAAAUUACGUUAAAACAGACUUAUUAAUAAAUUGUGAUAUUAUUAAUUUAGAUGUUCGAAGAGUGUUCAGUUUGUGAAGAGUGAGAAUCAAAAAUAAUGAUGGCCGAUUUACUAUCUCCGGGUUAGAUUUAAAUAAAGAAUGUGGAAAAUAAUAAAAAUGAAUAAUUGUUUAAAAAGUGGGCUGUGUUUGAAGUGGCGUUGGCGUAAACGUUGGCAUGAAAUUAAAAAAAUAUUCAUUGAUUCGUACGACGGGGGCGUGAAUGAGUCUUUUUCAUAGCUAUUUUGUGUUUAGAGAUAGUAAAUAGUUUAAUAAUAAAGCAAAAUGAAUACUUUUAACGCACCAACCACGCAGAUAAAUGCGAUUGAUAAAAUGACAACUGUGAAAUGCAAGUCUGUUGAUUUAGAGGGAUAUGUUAUUAUUGUAGUGCAAACCAAGGAUAAUAAAAUCAAAUUAUACGGUUCGCCAUCAGCCGGUAAUUGGGAUAACCUGGAGUUAGCAGACGAGAUCAUGGAUGUGAACGAGACUCGUCUGGAAGACAUGUCGAGGGCGGAGGUGCUUGGGCAUAUACAUGAGUGCAUUUCAUCGUGUGUCAUUAAACUGCGCGUGAAACGAAGGAGUGAGACCAAAUUACUAUCGGACAUCGGGCACAAUAUAAUCCAGGAUGCGUUCCUCAUUGCCGUGGAGGAGCAGGCGCGGCAGCGCUUGCAGCGGCUCUCAGCCCUCAAGCGGAUCACGCCUGUUGACAUGUCCAAACUCUCUGUAGAGCUAAAUCGCAGAAAACGAACUCAGCCAGAAAACAGACAAGAGCUAAACGGCUACAUAGCAAACUCGACCGUCUACGUCACAUCGAUCAACGAGAACGGAGCGAUCGAGAGCAAGCCCACCAUAUCCUCCCCGAAAGCCCAACCCAAAUCCCUCCAGGCGAAGCCAGCCCCAGUCAUAGCUAACGGAAUCGACAAAAAGAAAGAGAAAGACAUAAUAAAAGAAGAAGAUAAAGUGGAACCGGAGAAACACGAAGUUGACGCGAGUGAAAAGGUUAAAGUGGUUUGUGAAAGUGAUAGUGGAGUGGUUGUGGAUAGGGAUAUUAGUGACGCGUAUAGUGUGGCUAGGGAGCACCUCAAUAACGGCAGGAGUGAGAAACUGAUUGGGGAACAGCCUGACCAUAGGAUCAGAGCUACUGCCAUCGUCGAGAACAAUAAGCUUGGACCAGGAGAGAACCGGCCGCGCAGACGAUCGGGGUCGAGCAUAGUGGUCCUAGGAGCCGAAGAGGAAAAGCGACCGCCCCCGGAUGACGACAAAGACAUGCUCACGAUGCUCUCACUCACAUCUGAUACCGGUCCCCACCGCGAGAUGGCGGUGGACGUUCCGGACAGUUUCAUCGCGAGGAACAAAACGCCUCCCCGGUACCCGCCCCCUCGGCCUCCGCAGGUACGCCUCCGGACCUCCAGGGACGAUGAGCCUCUUCUCUCAUCCGGUGGCUCGGGCACCAGCUUUGGCAGCAAGCAAAGCACUGUUUUGCACACUAUCGAUAUCUCCACGCCCAGCUCCGACGGGUCAGGCAGCUUCAAGAACAAUAGCACCAUAGAACUUCUGUCCCUCCCACAAAGCUCUGAUGGCUCCGGUAGCUUCGGCAGCAAGAAAAGUAAAGGGUCCUCAGAAACAGCCAAAUGUGGAGACCUUAACUCGGAACGAUCCGAUUCCGUGGCCUCAAACACCACUCACAACUUGAGCGACCACAAAAUCCAGCUCUUAAUAUCAAACGGCGAGGAUUCUUUGAUAGAUUGCAGAGAGGGAGUCACAUACUCAGCACGGACAGAUUCUGUGUUGAUCAGGGAGGCUGUGUACGCGUCGUACAAGCUUCCUCCUGGCUUUGACACGACGCCAGUGCUCCUCGGGAGGGAGGUGGCCGUGGAUGUUCCUGAUACAUUUGUCCAAAUUGUGAAAACGACGCCUAAGUACCCGGGUACCGCUACCGUGGACAGAAAGAGCGUGGCGUUCCAGCAGGUGAAUGGGACGGCGAAGACGGUGGCGCCAGCGGUGCCCCCACGCGACACCGCGCGGGAUGCACCGCCCCGCCCACCAGCACACGACAAUGUCAGCAAAGAACAGAUGGACUCCAUCAAGAAAUACCAGGAACAGCUCCGACAACGCAAAGAGGCUGAGGAGAGGAUCGCAGCACAGAACGAGUUCCUCCGUAACUCUUUGCGAGGGUCUCACAAGCUACAGGCCUUGGAAUCGAACCCCCCAUCGUCCGGCACUGCUUUCGUCAACGAUGCUUAUGAAGAUGACAUCAGCGACGACUCCACGCAACUCUAUGCUGUUGUCGAUUACCAAGAAGUAUGUGCAGCGCUCACUCGCGUGCAAAAGGCGCUGGGAGCGAGCGGGGAGUCGGCGUUGGCGGCGCGGGUGGCGGGCGCGGCGGGCGCGUUGCUGUGUCCUGCGCUACGGACGGCCCUGGCCACCAGGUCCGCCGUGCUCACCGCAGUCAGGCACAAGAGGCCCGGCCUAGCCCCGCCUCACACACACCGCGCUACGGAUAGAUUGAAAGACUGCAUGGAUGUACUGGGAGCACACACAUCAACGGGCAGUGAAUCGUCGGCGCUGGCGGCGGAGCUGCUGUCGAUCCUGGGCGGGCUGGAGCUCGAGAGCCUGAUACAGGCGCACGACCAGGCGGCCGCGCUGCUGGACCCCGCCUGCUUUAACAGGGGCAAGAGGCAUAAGACUGGUAACAACUUCAAUCACAAGGGUGAAAACGACAAAGCAUUGACGGCACAUUCACCCGACGACCCCAGCGAACAUAUUAAAAUUAUCAAAAUCGAGAAGACUAACGAACCACUUGGUGCUACUGUAAGAAACGAAGGUGAAGCUGUAAUAAUCGGAAGGAUAGUAAGGGGUGGAGCGGCGGAGAAGUCGGGACUUUUACAUGAAGGAGAUGAGUUACUGGAGGUAAACGGCGUGGCGAUGCGUGGCAAGUCAGUGCACGAGGUGUGCCAGGUGCUGGGCGCGCUGUCGGGCACGCUGUGCGUGGUGCUGGCGCCGCGCCGCGCCGCCGCGCGCGCGCCGCCCUCGCACCGCGUGCUGCACGUGCGCGCGCACUUCGACUACGACCCCGAGGACGACGUCUACAUCCCUUGUCGGGAGCUCGGUAUAAGUUUCCAAAAAGGCGAUGUUCUUCACGUAAUCAGCCGCGAGGACCCGAACUGGUGGCAAGCAUUCCGUGAGGGAGAGGAGGACCAGACCCUCGCCGGACUCAUUCCCAGCCAGGCGUUCCAACACCAGCGAGAAUCAAUGAAGCUGACGUUAGCGGGCGAGGUAGCGGCCAGAGACAAACCACGUAAGGGUGGCACCCUACUCUGUGCGAAGAAACCGCCGCGGAAGAAGAAGGGCAAGAAGGCCACGAGUGAGGCUGGAUACCCGCUGUACUCCACGUCUGGUGGGGAUGUAAGGUUAAAUCUUCCAGAAUACGAGCAAGAGGAGAUCCUAACGUACGAGGAGGUCGCGUUGUACUACCCUCGUGCGUCCCACAAGCGGCCCAUUGUCCUCAUCGGGCCGCCCAACAUCGGCCGACACGAACUCAGGCAGAGGCUCAUGGAGGACAGCUCACGAUUUGCUGCUGCAGUGCCACAUACAUCACGUCCCCGCAAAGAUCAUGAGGUGCCUGGCCAGGACUACCACUUCAUUUCGCGCACGCAGUUCGAGGCUGAUAUCCUCAAUAGAAAGUUUGUCGAGCACGGAGAGUACGAAAAGGCAUAUUACGGUACGUCACUAGAGGCGAUCCGUGAAGUAGUGAAUUCAGGGAAGAUCUGCGUACUGAACUUACACCCUCAGUCACUAAAGAUCCUCCGGAAUUCCGACCUAAAGCCUUAUACCGUGUUCGUAGCACCUCCCAGCCUCGAGAAACUUAGGCAGAAGAAGAUCAGAAAUGGAGAGGCUUUCAAGGAAGAAGAAUUAAAGGAAAUAAUCGCAACCGCACGGGAUAUGGAACUGCGAUGGGGCCACCUGUUCGAUAUGAUAAUCAUAAACAACGACACCCAACGUGCCUACCAACAACUGCUGAACGAGAUUAACAGCCUUGAGCGCGAGCCGCAGUGGGUGCCGGCGCACUGGCUCAAGCACACCUAGCGACCGACGCCGUCCGCGGCCAGCCCGCGCCACGCGUCCGCGCCGUCCGCGGCAAGCUCGCGCCACGCGUCCGCGCCAUCCUUCGGCCCGCCCGAGCCACGCGUCCGCGCCGUCCGCGGUCCGCCCGCGCCCCGUGUACGCGCCGACUGCGACCCGCCCGCGCCCCACGUCCGCGUCCGCGCCCCCCGCGCCCCCAGCACUGCCGCGCCCCUCCGCCCUGACUCCGCUGCUCCUGAUGUUUGAUAUCAUCACGCAAAUGGUUUUACAUUUGCUCGUCUACUUCCUUGACGUUUGCGACGUCAAAAAGAAAUUCAAAUGGAAAUCGGAUAUGAGAGCACUCGGUAGUGAUAGAGAGGCAUGUAGAGAGACGGACACGUUCUCAGCCCGUAACGAUGUAGAUGAAAAUAUAGAAUUUAGAAAUGUGUUCCCGAAGUCUUGUUUAGUUGAAAUUGAAUAUUUAAAUAAAAACGAUAAUCCGAGAUGUUUUACGUUACUAUGACUCGAUUCCAGUACCGAGUCGUAGGUAUUUACAGGACGAGUGAAUUUUUAUUCGUUUCAGACAUCACUUUAGUUUAGUUAUGAAUUAUUUCAAAAAUACGAUAAGUGUUACAAGUGAGGUGCGAUUACUUAUGAAGACGAGUGUGGAGGUGGUGUUAUAAAAUCAAAAUGAGAGAAAUAAAAUAAUAUUUAUUAAUUAAAUUCGAUAGACCACGAAAUUCGUACGUUUUUAGUCGUAUUAUUGAUGAACUCUUCGUUAUAAAUUAAAUAAAUUUUGGCAAUAAAUCUCUAUCUGACGUUAAUGAUAUGUUUUGUGCAUAAUUUUACAUACUUAUAGUGUUUAUCUACAAUAAAAGAGCGAGUUUAUCUUAUAAAGUCCAUAGAGAGAUUGGUUUAUUAAAUUUUUAACAAAAUAUACUGCCUUAUUCGUGGAUGUUACGUCAUUUUAAACUUCUAAGUAAUUGUUUGUUAAAAUUAGAAACGAAGGAAGGUUAGUGUUAUCUUUGUUUCUUAUUUUAAUAAGAUUUAGAAAUAGUUAUUAUAAUAAAUGACCCCGAGAGUCAGUCAUUAAAUCCUUCGGUAGUUUAGACAUUUAUAUAUAAAAUUCGAAAUAAUAUUUUCAAAGUUUUGUCCUGACUGACUCGGCCACGCACGCCCCAAACUUUUGAACCUAAAAAUUAUGAGUGUAUUUAAGCGCCAAUAAUUAAAUAUUAUACAUUAAAAUUCCCCUCUUUAAAUAAAGGCAUGUUUAUAUAUUUUAUUGCUUGAUAUUAUAAUUUAUAGAAUUCCGUGUAUUUGGAAUCUUUAUAUUUACUUGUAUAUUUUAAAUAAGUAUUUACAAUUUUAGCUUCUACGUCAGUUUCAAAUGCUGGGUUUAAAUAAAUUGUUAGGGGUUACUUUCUUCUACGAAUCUAUAAACAUUCCAAAGUGAUUAUAGAAUACAUUCCUUUAGUACUUACUUAGUAUUAAUAUUAUAAAGAAUUAUUAUAUUAUUGUGAAGACUGUCCAAUAAAACACGAUUUAUUAUUUCUUUGCUGUCCUGCUUACUUUGUGUUGUACUUAAUUUUCAAUUCUAAAUAAUGUACUUAAUGACAUCGUCAAAAAUAUUUGUGAUUUAUAAAACUAAAGCGCGCGUAUUGCCAGUCCGAAUAAAUAAUGUUAAGCAUAUAAAAAUUACUAAGAUGGUUAAAAGAAAUUCUAAAAUACUACACCAACAAUAAUGCAAUGGAAUUUAUAGUUUGCAAUGAAUAAAAUAGAUAGUAAAUAAAUACGAUGAUAAAACAAUAAAAUAUUUCUCUAAAAUGCCAAAUUUAUACGGUACGUAGAUAUUAAAAAUAGAAUUUUUUGAAAAAUUUCUCCUGUAGUCUUCUUGUGGAUUUCUCUAUAAAGAAACGACUCGAUGGUAGGACGUUAAUAGUUACAAUAAAGCCAAUUAAAAUUAACACUGCUAUUAUAGUGAGUAGAAAAGCAAUAUUUUAUAUCCGUAUAAUCAAUUUACCUACUGUACAACGACAUAUCUGUUUUUAUAGUAUACCUAUUUCAAUUAAUAUUUUCGGCCAAUAAAUUAUUCUUUUUGGCAAAUUUACCCAUUUAACGUAUACCUACCUAUAGAUAAAAUAAUAUUAGAGUGAAUAUUCUCGAACUGGAUGUGUUUAAUACGCUUAAAUGGUACUUAUCGAAGUGUAACCAGAAAAUAUUAAUAAUUUACACAUUCAUGUGGGAACAUGGGCGUAUUUUGUAUCAUAAAACCUCAAGCCUAUCUUAUUUCUAUGCGACGGAGGAAAUAAGUGUGGCUUACUAUUUAGUGCUACAAUUUACUGCAUUACUUAAAAUGGUGUCGCUUCAAUGUACUUACAAGACAAUAAUAACAUAGGGUCAGGGUAAUGUCUACCAGAAGUCGUGUCGCUACCAAAAGUCCUACUGAAAACAAAACAUGCAAUAAAGAGACUAGUGUGGUUAGCAGUAUGGUUAAGUUGCAAGUAUGGUACAAAUGAAAGACAAGAUAGGUUUACUUCUUACUUAUAAUAGGUAGUAUUAAUAUUAUCUGGUUACGAAUAUAACAGCGAUAUAGCUCAUUGCAAUACAAAUUAUUGUACGAAAACAAUAUUCUAAAUAUCUUGAUUAAUUAGUUCCGUUAAUAUUUGUAUAUCUCUGUAGAUAGACAUGUGCAUCCAAAUAAUUUAGUGCCAAAUAUAUAAGGCCACGAGUAACUGUGGAUUUAAUAUUCAUUUUAAUGUAAUCACAAUUUUUAAAUAUUAUGUUACUUUGCAUGUAUGAUGUAGGUAUUCUUCUUUACCAUUUUCGAUUGUGUUAUGUGUACUGAUUUUGAGACAUUGUGUCAUAUAAAGUUUUUUAUUCAUCGUGAAGUUGCGUUAGUUGUGUAAGUUAUUUCGUAUUUGAAUAAAAUAUACAUCAGUUGUAACCUGUGGAGGUGCUAAAACUUGUAAACUAUAAUUUGUUUUUCUUUUUAUAUAAUUCUGUGUGAUUUUUAAGUUAUUGUUAAUUUAUUAUGAGCACAAACAAUGUUUGGAGUGUACUUAGGCAUUAUAAUUCCCAUCAAAGAACAAUGAUCCAAAUAUUUUUCAUGCUCAUAAUAAUAAUUGUGGAUUUGUCGAACUUCACAGUAUUGAUAUUAUCUUAUUUAUAAAUAGCCAUGUAUAUAAUUUAUUAACAACCGAGGAAAUGAUAAAGAUAUAAAUAAAUAACA